AUGGUCGAACUGCCCACCGAGCAAGAUCGAAACAACCGAAUAGUGCAAAAUGAAAUAUCGAGAUUCCCAGCUGAGCAUGAUCAUGAUACACUCACAAAGGAAGAGAUGGCGAAAAACAUACUUGGCGAGUCCUCCGAACACGAGCUGGAGCAUUACUACCCAACUGGACUUGCCAAAGCAAUGAUCAUAGGGCCCGUGACAAUGACUUACUUUCUCUUCUUCCUAGACCUCGCCAUCGUUUCAACAGCGACUCCGGCAAUCACCUCACAUUUUGACUCCCUAGUCGACAUAGGCUGGUAUGGUGGCGCCUACCAGCUCGGAAGCUCAGCGCUCCAACCUUUGACGGGCAAGCUAUUCUCCUACUUCUCAACCAAGUGGAUGUUCAUUUUCUUCCUUGUCGUCUUUAUGUUCGGAUCGGCGCUAUGUGGAGCAGCCCAAUCGUCGUCAAUGCUGAUUAUUGGGAGAGCUGUUGCCGGUGCAGGUUCUGCUGGUCUAAGGCUGGGUGGUGUGACGAUACUCGCUGCUAUACUGCCACCGAUUGCGCAGGCGAGAUUCAUGGGUCUUAACUUGGGCCUUGGUCAGCUUGGUCUUGCUCUGGGACCUAUUCUUGGAGGUAUAUUCACACAAUAUCUCUCGUGGCGCUGGUGCUUCUACAUCAACCUUCCAAUCGGAGCAGUGGUAGGUGGCUUACUCCUAUACUGCAAAAUCCCUGAGCCGAAGCCUAAACCCCCGGUCCGCGAAGUUCUCCGCACGGCCGUCAAGUCUCUCGACCUAGCUGGAUUCUUCCUGGUUAGCCCAUCAGCAGUAAUGCUCCUGCUGGGGCUGCAGUACGGUGGAAAUCAAUUUGCAUGGAACAGUUCAACGGUGAUCGGGCUGCUUGUUGGCGCAGCAGUGGCCUUCAUCAUCUUUCUGUUAUGGGAGCGUCGAAAGGGAGACGAGGCUAUGAUUCCGUUCGCCAUGCUAAGACACCGCAUCAUCUGGUCUGCUACUGGCACCAUGUUUUUCCUCCUGGCAACAAUCCUAGUGGGUGACUUCUACCUCGCCAUCUACUUUCAGACUGUCCAUAAUGACUCGCCGGUCAUGAGUGGUGUGCAUAUGCUGCCAGCGACAAUAAGCAUGGUCAUGUUUACGAUGACAGCCGGCGUGCUCGUCGGAGUUGUUGGUUACUACCUGCCAUGGGUUCUGGCAGGGAGUUCUCUGACAGCUAUUGGAUACGGGCUUCUUUCAUUAGUGGCACCAGCAACCCCUGCGGCGAAGUGGAUCGGAUAUCAAGUGAUCUGGGGAGUUGGUAGUGGAUUGAUGGUUGCUGGGCCAUACAUCGCAGUGCAGAAUCUUGUCCCAGCCGCUCAGAUUCCAAUCGCAAUGGGCAUAAUCACCUUCGCACAAAACAUGGGCAGCGCAAUUUUCCUCGUCGUUGCCAACGCAGUCUUCAGCAACAGUCUACGGAAAGAACUCCAAGAGCGCAUCGCGGUUAUCAAACUUACCCCAGAAGUCAUAAUCGACGCCGGGGCUCAUAAUAUACGCGAACUCGUCUCAGGCACUGAAUUAUCAGCAGUACUGCAGGCUUAUAGUGAUAGUGUCGACAAAGUUAUGUAUCUUGGUGUUGCUGUCAGUAUAGUGACAUUCGCGUUUGCUUGGGGGCUUGGGUGGAACGAUAUUCGCGUGCAGAAGAAGUUGCUAGCUUUGCAGGAGGGUGAGGUGCGAAUAAGAGAGAGCGACCCAUCGAAAUGA